AGUAAACAGAACGAAACCAAGGCAACUUACUUGUUUCAGCUUCAGGCUAACUUAGUUGUGUGGCAAUGGCAGACGACUUGAUCUUGCUGAAUUUAUGGUCGAGCCCAUUCGGGAUGAGGGUGAGGAUAACAUUGGCGGAGAAGGGACUGGACUAUAAGCUGAUUGAAGAGGAUUUAAGCAACAAGAGCCCUCUGCUUCUGAAGAUGAACCCUGUUCAUAAGCAAAUCCCAGUCUUGAUCCAUAAGGGAAGACCCAUUUAUGAAUCACUCAUCACAGUUCAGUACAUCGAUGAGGUCUGGAGGCACAAGUCUCCCUUGCUUCCUUCUGACCCUUAUGCUUGAGCCAAUGCCAGGUUCUGGGUUGAUUAUGUCGACAAAAAGAUAUACGCAAUCGGGGAGUUGGUGUGGGGAGCAACAUGGGAGAUCUAAGAAGCGGCAAAGAAAGAAUUGAUCGAGUGCUUCAAGGUACUAGAAGGAGAGCUCGGGGAGAAGUCGUACUUCAGCGGAGAGAGCUUCGGGAUUGUGGAUGUGGCGUUGAUUCCUUUCUAUAGUUGGUUCUAUGUCAUGGAGACGUGUGGGAACUUCAACAUCGUGGCAGAGUGCCCAAAGCUGGUGAGUUGGACCAAACGUUGCAUGGAGAGGGAGAGUGUGUCCAAGUCGCUGCCGGACCAGUACAAAAUGUUUUGCUGCCUCCUGGAACUCAAGAAAAAAUUUCAGGCCCAAUGAUCAAACCUUAUGUUCUGAAUAUUUGGGCCCUUUUCUCUUCUCUUGGAAUCUUUCGGUUGGGUUACUUGUGUACGUUUGGGUUUCUUUCUCUUUCUUCUUCUUCCCUUUUUUUUUUUUUUUUAAAUUGCUCUUCUAACCUUUCUUCAAUGUUCGCAAAUUCCCCUUCUUUGUAGUGUUUAUAGGUUUUCUCAAUUUGUAGUACCUUUUCAUGUAUUCUCUACAUUGAUGUAUUAUUUCAAGCGUUGUGCUUCCUAACAACAUUUUGGAAUUUGUAAGUUGUCAUAUGGUUUCUUGGAACAAUUAAAAAUGUUAGCAUUUU